GACAUUUUAACCCAAGCAGGUUCCAGAUAUCUCCAAUUAUCUCUCUCUCUCUCUCUCUCUCUCUGCCCGUCCCUCAAUGGCGGGAGAGGGAGACGACGAAGAAGCAAACAUAGAGCAGCAGUUAGAGCAGCAGCUGAAGGAACAGAAGGAAUCUCUAUCGGCCGUCGACGAUGCCCUUGCCUCCGAUCCCUCCAAUCCUGAGCUCCUCUCUGUUCACGAAGAACUCCUCCUAGCAAUCAGAGAUGCAAAGGAAGGGCUGCUUCACUUGAAACGGUCAAGGUUGCUGAAGGAAGCUGAUGCAAUAUUACUGAAACAAGAACCAGACUCCAUAUUUGAGGAUGCCAAGGUGGAGACCUUGGAUCCAAGCCAGGUUGAACCAGAACCACUGGAAGCAGAAGAUAACUCUGAAAAUUAUUCUGUUGGGUCAAAGUGCAGGUUUCGUCACACAGAUGGACGCUGGUAUAAUGGUCACAUUCUAGGUUUUGAAGGCACUGAUUCUGCAAGGAUUUCAUUCCUUACUCCUACUUCUGAAAGCAUGCAGAUGUGCAAGUUCUUUCUACAGCAACGGUGUCGAUUUGGUGGUAACUGCCGCUUGUCACAUGGAUUCAAUGUUCCUAUGUCAUCGCUGAAGCAGUAUGUUCCAACAAUAUGGCAGCAGUCUCUAGUGGGCUCAAGCAUACUGGCAACUUCAGGUGGCCAUUCUGGUAUAUGGAGGAAAGCUGAGCUUGAAGCCUGGGACGAAAAUCUCUGUCUGGCUCAAGUUGUAUUCCAAGAUGAUGGAACCUCCGCAAAACUCAGUAGCGAUUCUCUCACAAUAUCAGAAUACGCCCAAAUGAGCGAUGAGAGCGACGGAGAAUCUGAUAGCCUGAGCUCAGACGCAUCAGAAUCAAAUGACGAUGAUUACACAACAAGUCAAGGUAUAGGAUUUAGUGAAGCCGCAGCACCACAAAGUGGAGUCCAGACCGAGACUGCAAUAUUUGCCAAGUGGGAGCAUCACACCAGAGGCAUUGCAUCGAAGAUGAUGGCAAGCAUGGGCUACCGUGAAGGUACGGGCUUAGGUGUUUCAGGUCAAGGGAUACUUGAUCCAGUCUCUGUAAAAGUUCUUCCCAAGAAACAAUCUCUUGAUCAUGCUCUUACCUCUGGUAAUACCAAUGAAAACAAGGAAACCCGAGUUAAGAAACGAAGCAGAGGGGGCAAAAGGAAGAGAGAAAAGAAAUUUGCUGAAGCUGCUCGUGCCGCUAAAGAAGAAGAAGUGCAGAACUCUGAUGUCUUCAGUUUUAUAAAUAACCAGCUUGCUGGUCAAGAUCCUGUUUCUAAUGGUUCAGGGAAGAAAUCCAAGGGUUCGAGUGAGGAAAGGAAGGAAGAUCGUCGGUCUUUGGUUGCGUAUGAUGAUGAGGUGAAAGAUUUGAGAAGUAGGGUAGUGAAGCUGGAGGAGAUGGUGAACCGAAAUCGCAGAGAUAAGGCAAUGUUUGAAGCGGCUACAAGGAAGUUGAAUGAGACUCAAAAGGCUCUGGCUGAUGCUGAGGCAGCGCAUGCCUCAGCGUCGAAAGCUGUUGUUAGUAAAGAGAGAGAGAAGAAGUGGCUUAAAUUCUGAGUAAGAUUUGAAAGUUUUUGUGUAUUUGGAUAUCCUUGCUUUGGAAAGCAUGAAUAUAUUUUUGGUGGAUGGUAGUAAUGUUAUGUGAUGGCCUGCUGUGUUUUGAGGUGAA